AUGGAAUAUUUUGGACAUCAUUACGCAAAGAGUGAGGAAGAUUACAAACAUGAAAUGAUGGCCCUUAGAAACAUUCCUCACAAGACAACUUCUCAGUUGGUUGAUCAAAUGGAUUGCGUCAAGCACGUCGUGAAUAUGCAUCAUGCUCCGCGUGGAGGAAAUCAUGGAGGUAGUCAUGCUACUUCACAUUCAACGGGAUCGUCCUCCUCCUCUUCUCAUCACCGAAGAAGUACGGGAAACCUUAAAGAUUUGAAAUCGUCUCCAAAACAACAAUCUGCUCAUCAACUGACACAUAGCCAUCAUCAUCAUCAUGAAUCCUCUGCCUCAGAUCAUCAUAAAUCUACACACAAGAAGCAUUAA